ACUCAAUCCUAUAUAAGACAGGGUCUCUGCCCAGUGUGACUAGCCUAAGAGAAGAGCUCUCCUUAGAUCUUUCUUUCUCUCUGCCCUUUCUCCUCCCAGCUUUGGAAAACAACUAACAAGCUUUGUCAUGGCUUUUGCUGGUAUCCUGACUGAUGCAGAAAUUGCUGCUGGACUGGACAGCUGCAAAGCUGCCGAUUCCUUCAACCACAAGACCUUUUUUGCCAAAGUGGGCCUGAACAGCAAAUCUAAGGAGCAACUGGCAAAAGUGUUUGGAAUCCUUGACCAGGACAAGAGUGGCUUCAUUGAGGAGGAUGAACUGAAGAAAUUCCUGCAGAAUUUUAAGUCAGGUGCCAGGGAUCUGACUGAUAAGGAGACCAAGGAGUUCCUGAAAGCAGGUGACACCGAUGGAGAUGGCAAAAUUGGAGUGGAUGAGUUCGAGGUCCUGGUUAAAAGUUAAAGAGAUCAAGAGGACGACCAAGCUAAUUGUACUGUAAAACACCCUUUCUUAUCGCAAGACUACUAUUUAUUUAUACAUUUUAUACAGUGAAACGGCAUUGACAGUUGCCAGCAUAUCGUUUCGUAUUGUUAGAGAAAUGUGUUAACUCACAAUGCGCUGUUUGAUCUUUAUUAUUGUCUGAUGUCGUAAUUAAAAGGGCUCUACAUCAAACAGAGACAAAGUUGGAAUCUAAGGAGAAGAACUCUGAACUUUAUGUUUCAUUUGCAUUAGGCGCUAUUAGGAAUAUUCAAUAAAUGUGGGUUUUCCAAAGAGAUCUGUGGAUACUUUCUCUUCAAGAGUUUACCAGCAUCCAUCUCCCUUCCAAUCAAGGUGUAUGAAACUUUCAAAGGAGAAGAAAAAUCACAUUGAUUUUUGUUUAUUGUUUAAACAAAAAUGUUUAAUGAGAAUGUUUAAACUGGUCUUUGCCUUCAAAUAACCAGCUUCAUAAAAUGCCUUGCUAUUGUAACACCAGUGGAAUUGUUCAUUCAUACAUAUAAAGUAACUUCAUCAUCCAUGAA